AUGAAACAAUUUCCUCUCUUACAAUCAAUUCUUGUAGCAUGUGCCGUGCCUACGGCACUUGGUGCCCCUGCUCGUGCAUGUUCACCCACCGCGAGAAUUCACAACGGAACUGUCCAGGGCUUGUACAACCAGGAGUUCCAUCAAGACUUCUUUCUCGGAAUGCCCUACGCGCAACCGCCCGAGGGGAACCUUCGAUUCCGCCGCCCGGUUUCUAUCAAUGAGACUUGGUCGACAGCUCUGAACGCGACAGCGUACGGAAAUCAUUGCAUCAACAACCCUGUCGCUUUCUCCCUAAACCCGACGGGCGUGACCUAUCCAGAAGGCGAGGACUGUCUCUCCGUCAACGUUGUACGUCCUUCGGGUACAACCGACCGCUCGAACCUGCCGGUAUUGAUUUGGAUUCAUGGAGGCGGCUUCCAAGAAGGUGGGAGCGGCGACGGACGAUAUAACAUGUCGUACCUUGUACGCAACUCCGUUGAGAUGGGCUAUCCUACAGUCAUGGUCAGCUUCAACUAUCGGCUUAACGGUUGGGGAUUCCUAGCUGGUCAAGAGGUGGAAGGUGCUGGCUUAUUGAACCUUGGCCUGCUUGACCAACGACUUGCACUACAAUGGGUCCAGGAGAACAUCCGGGCGUUUGGAGGCGAUCCUCACAAGGUCACCAUCCAAGGAGAAUCUGCUGGGGGCAGCUCUGUGGGGUUUCACUUGAUGGCGUAUGGUGGUCGAGAUGAUAAACUCUUCCGGGCCGCCAUCAUUGAGAGCAGCAGCCCGUUGAAUGUCCAGACCUUCGCGACGCCGACAGAACGUCAAGUCCAUUACGAUAGGAUAGUAAACGAUACUGGUUGUACUGGUGCAGUCGACACACUCGGAUGCUUGCGAGAGGCUCCCUUUGACAAGAUAAAGUCUGCUUUGUCGACACACUGGUUGGAUCCGGUUCUGGAUGGGACGUUCAUUCAGGGUUUCAGAACCAUUGGCUUACGUGAAGGAAGCUUUGUGAAGGUCCCUCUUCUUAUCGGAACCAACACGGAUGAGGGGCGCCUUUUUGUGGGGAAUGGCGUCAAUACGACUGAUGAGUUUCGCAACUACGUGGCAAAUACUUCAAUUUUUGGCGUACCGAAGUCAGAAGAGAGUGUCGACCUAGUACUGGACUUUUAUCCUACUGAGAUUGAUGAAACCGACUACCCGCCGCAAUUCGGCGCGCAGUACGGAAGGGUUCAGCAAUAUAUUACUGACUUUAGCUUUACUUCCGGCAAGCGUUUCAGCGCCCGUAGGUGGUCCGAUUUCAGCCAGCCUGUGUAUACUUACCGGUUCAAUACGCUCCCGAACGGAUUCGACCUUGGAUCAGUUGGGGUCACGCACUUCUUGGAGGUCGCCUUCGUUUUCAAUAACGUACCCGGAACCGGCAUGUCUGUUAGCUCCUUCGACGUCUCGCCCCCGGCACGGAAGCAGCAGUAUCUGCAGUUGGGUCAACUUAUGAGUCGUAUGUGGUUGAGCUUUGCGAAUACUCUCGACCCGAAUAACCACAAAGUACCCUCUGUCAACGUGUCGUGGCCUCAAUGGACCCCAGCAGAGCCUCGGAACAUUGUUUUCGACGGAAACCUCACGUCUAUUGCCUACAUUGAGAAGGAUGACUGGCGUGAGGAGGCCGUCAACAUGUUGAUCGAUAGGGCUUUGGAUUGGGGUCGUUGA